UUGGAUUGUACCGUUUCAGCGGAUCGUCCAAAGGUUCAGAAGACGCCACCACCUACUCCUUCACCUCAGCCAGUCGGAGCGAAAGGACCGACGCCUAGCCCGGUUGUUAGAAUAGAAUGUAGCAGAAGUGAGCAAUGUCCACGUGGUUUUAAGUGUGUGCAGAAAAGAUUGUGUGUACCUGAAGAGGAGCUCUGUGAACCAGGCUGGCAUUACAACAAGGACAAUGACUUCUGUUACUUUGUUGGGGUGGGCUCGUUCAAUUACUCGCAGGCGGUGGAGUAUUGUGCUUCGGAUUGUGGUUCGAAGGUGGUCUGGUUCGAUCAGAGCAGUUUCCCGAAGUUUCAAACCGAGUGGUUAUGGGUGAAUAACUCUGAUUUGGUGAUGAGUUCGGAGUUUGGUUUGUUUGGUGUGAAGUUUUAA